AUGCCACCUACCAUUCACAUCGUGCGCCAUGCACAGGGUUACCACAACGUCGGCAAAUACGGCGAGGGCAUCCACGACCCCUUCCUCACCGAAGAAGGUAAAGGGCAGGCCCAGGAAUUAUGCUCGAAGUUCCCCCACCACGACUCUAUCGACCUCCUCGCCGCGAGCCCCAUGUGCCGCACCAUUCAAACCUGCCAGAUCGCUUUCCAGCCGGCAGUGGACCGCGGACUGAAGAUCCUGCUGAUCCCGCAUGCCCAAGAAGCCAGCAACGAGCAAAUGGACACCGGCUCAACGCAAGAAGUCAUCAGUGAGGCGUUUGGCGAUUUGGUGGACAUGAAGCAGCUGGACGUUCAUCCGUACUGGAACCGCAAUAUCGGAGUUUUCGACGUCAAUGCCGAAGCCUUGAUUGAGCGGGCGAGGUUGUUGCGGAGGAUUUUGAGGGAGCGUCCGGAGAAGAACAUUGCGCUUGUGAGCCAUGGGUCGUUUGCGCAUUAUAUUGUCGGGAAUGUGGACGAGUCCGGGGCACAGAUCACGCGGAUGUGGUCGAACACGGAGUGUCGCAGCUAUCAGUUCGUGGCGGAGGAUGAUGAGGUGGCGGAGCUGGUGGAGACGCAGGAGUCGAAGGACAGAAGGCCGGAUAUCGAAAAGCAGACGGAUGGGUAUCUGUUGGGUAAUGGUGCACCACGGAAGAAUUCUGCUGGUGCGGCGUUGAGUCCGUAG